CGAGAUACGAGAAGAAACAAAGUCAGAAAGUUAUUUGAGGAAGUUGCAGACACUGAGCCUCGUUUCCACUUCAAAACUUCCUAAAACGCACUCCUUAGCUUAGUCAGCUAAAGUGUUUAUCCGGUUUUGGCAUUUAUACUUGUUUCAAGUUCUUACCCCUUCCACUAUCAUCACGAGGUCCUACUCCAUCGAGGUGUCAGAGAACACGGGCAAUUAACACAAAGAUAAAUCUGAAUCUUGGGCCGCCCAUUUCAACUGCUUCACUCUAACGCUAGGGCCCACUCUGUCGUCCACAGCUGCUGCGAUGACUUCAACGAGUGUAGUUUUCCGGUCCAGGUUCUUCCGUCGAUGGAGUCUUUACCUGAGGACUCUCCUCUUCGGAAGGCUUACCCAGUCGAUAUCUAUACCAAUGGGGGCUACUUCCCUUCUCCCAAUGGCAGAGUCCGAUACUGGGUUGUCGGGCCACAGAGUGGCGACAAGGUUGCUUUGAUCCAUGGUAUAUCGGUACCCAGCAUUGCCUAUCAGAAGGUGGCUCAACACCUUGUGGAUAAGGGGUUCCAAGUUCUUCUAUAUGAUCUGCAUGGACGGGGAUACUCUGAAGCUCCUGGAAGAGUGCUCGAAUCCAGCGACUAUGCCAUCCAGCUUGCUCUUCUUCUACAGUACGUCGGAUGGAAUGCAGCAAAGAUUGUCGGUUUCUCGAUGGGAGGAGGAGUUGCGGCUGCUUUUGCUUCUCUAUUUCCUCACCUUGUCAAUGGAAAAGUCGUAUUCAUUUCCUCCGCUGGUUUGAUUGAACUACCAACAGACGAGAACGGCAUCAGACAACCCACACAACCACGCAGAUCUGACAAUCCGGAUAGCCUCGCUGUAGAGUUACGCCAACUUCAGGGCGAGUUGUUGCCUGGGUUCAAGAAGAUCUUAGGUGACGACAUGCAGUAUGGGCCAAUUGCUGGCCUUGAUUGGGCAUUCAAAAAACUGUCCGGCCUACAAACUAACGCAGGCACUCUUCAAAUCCUCAUCAUCCACGGUACAGACGAUGACAUCGUCCCAUUCACGGAGGCGAUUAAGAUCCACCGGCAUAUUCCAGAGGCUAAAUUGGCCAAGAUAGAGGGUGCCACUCAUUACCUUGUGGUUGAGGAGGAACAUUGGUUGACAGUCGCUGAGAAUAUUUCUGGCUUUCUAUGACGUCCUUUCGGAGCUAUAAAUAUUAUUGAUGUACCUACCGUAUAGUCACUAUGCGAUAGCAAGUUACGUCACCCCGUCCGUGUUGAAGCA